AUGGUAUUAUUGCAAUUUGAUAUAACUUUUGUUCCACUUCGAGCUGUGAAAGGACAGAUUCUAGCAGACUUCCUCGCAGCACACCCAGUACCGACUAGUUCCCCUCUCAAUGAUGAUUUGUCAAAUGAACAAAUAAUGGAUGUAGAAAAUUCCAAGACUCGACGUUGGGAACUAUAUUUUGAUGGGGCUUAUUCAGAACAAAAGGAUAAAGAAUUGCAAACAAUAAUAUCUGGUAAAGCAGGGAUUGGAUUAAUUAUCAUUACACCAAAAAAGGGAAUGUUAAGGUAUUCUUAUCAUUUGACGGAACCGUGCACAAAUAACGAGACAGGGUAUGAGGCAUUGAUAACAGUGUUACAACUAGCAAUAUCAAUGGGUAUAACUGACAUUAAUAUUUACGGAGAUUCACAGUUGAUCAUUGAACAGGUUGUUGGGCAAUACAAAAUUUUGAAGAAGCCUAAAUUGGAACAAUAUCAUCGUUAUACAAUGAAGUUAUUAGAACAGAUUCCAGAUGUGACAAUAUGCAGAAUCCCAAGUGGAGAAAAUACUCUCACCGAUGCUUUGGCUAAACUUGCCAAGGAAUUCGCAUGUCCACAAGAAGAUUCCAUUAAGAUCACUUUUCAAGGACUUCAGGUUUUGUAA